GUUAUAUUGUGUUCAUGGUAUAACCUAAAAAAAUUAUACUUUUAUUUCAUUUGCGUUCAGUCAUUUUAUUCAUUUCGGUAUUUAUUAUUUAGUGGUGUACUUUUUUUUUUUUAAAUAUCUAUUCCGUUCAUACUUCAUCCAUAUUAAUCCAUUUACAGGUAAUUUUUAUUUAUAAUUUAAAUGUUUAAAUAUAAUUUCCAUUUUCUUUUUCUCAUAUUAUUUCUUAGAAUAUAUAAUUCCAUAACAUCCAAUGUGAUAGACUUCAAUUAUUAUUGACUAAAUUAAUUGUGAUAUAUCUAUGUGUACUAAUACAUUAAGUAUUAGUAAUUUUUUCAAUUUUAUUGAUCCAUUAAUUGUAUAAACUUUUAUUUCAGAUACUUAAUAAUGGCUCCUCGUUACGAGCUAGCAGUCGGCCUGAGAAAAGGUCACAAGACUACUAAAAUCGAGAGGGUUGGUAAAGUCAGUGGUACAGAACUGGUUGCUAAAAGUGAGAAACUCAGACAAGCCCGCACUAAAGGUGUAAGUAACAAUAGUAUAAUAUAUUUUCCAGAUAUCACGGAGCAGGUUUUAGGCAUAAAUAAAGUCUGAUAAUGUUAGUCAAUAAUUAGUUGUUGAAUAUGGCGUUGUCUAAUUUGUCACGAAUUUGUUUCCGGGUAAUUCAGCUAGUACAAUAUAUAUUUAAAAUGUUUAAUGGGCUGAAAAUUAAACAUAAAAAUAUUUUAAAUUCAAUUAUUUAGUUUAAUUUUUUGUGUUUAGCGUUUGACCAAGCACAACAAAUUCAUCAGAGAUAUUGUCAGGGAAGUUAUGGGCCAUGCACCAUUUGAAAAGCGAGCCAUGGAAUUAUUGAAGGUUUCGAAAGACAAGCGUGCAUUGAAGUUCUUGAAAAGACGAGUAAGUUUAUAUGUUUGAUUAUGUAACUACCUACUAACUUUUGUUAUGUUACUAUUUUAUUUUUGUUGUUUAAUUGAAUAUAACAUUGGAGAUGUGUCUUAGGUAUUUAGCUAAUGAGUAAUACCUGGGUACUCAAUAACAUUCAGUACCCGAUUGUAUGUAAAAUUUAAAUAUUACUCGGCCAAUACUUGUUAUCGAAUUUGAAUGUAAAUUAUUCCACAUAGUUUGAUCUGUUAAUAACCAAGAACAUCUUCAAUGUUUUAAAGAGGGAAAAUAUUAAUAUGUUAAAAAAUGAUUUUAUGGCCUGUGGUGUAGAUUAAGAAAUUGUAAUGUAAAAGGUGAUGGUGAAAGAAAAUAAUAGAGUAGCCAACACCACAUACUAGGUGAUCCAUAUAAGUGGGGACAUUAGUUAUCUCUUAAAGUAUUAAAUUUUUCUGAAAUUUGUUAUCUAGAAUAUUUAAGAAUCAAGCUGCUCUAAAAUUUUAUGUUCAUGUUAUUUUCGUCCCUUAACCUGACUCUUAUUUUUAGGGGUAAACCACUACCUACUUUUGAUAACGAAGACCUAUAUUAUUAAUUCCAAAAAUGACAAGAGUAUUAGUUAUAAUAAAUUUUAGUGUUCAAAUUUUAUGACUUCUGUCAAUUUGUUAACAAGAUAUUCCACUUUUAAGUUAAGGUUGGGGGAGAGUAGUGGAGUAUUAUUGGUGUGGCAGUACGACACACAAUGUGUUAAUAAUGCAGCACUAUUCUCCUCCAACACUCAAAUUUAUUUUAACUUAUACUCAGUUUAUUUAUGGAAUUUUUAAUAUAGGUUGCUGUUUGAAAAUUAAAAUUAAGAAGUGGUUUUACCCCCCAAAAAAGGGGAAACAAAAAUUAACACAAAUAUAGAAUUGUAGUGCAGCUUGUUCUUUAAAUGUUUUUCUUGAAAAUAAAUUCUGUAAAAAGUUAAUACUUUCUGAGAUGAUGAGUGUACCGACUUAAAUGAACCACCUGGUAUAAAAUAUAGGCUUUAAAUCAAAUUUCAAUGGAUAGAGUCACUUUGUCCAUGUUAACAAUAAGUUACCCAAUGUGUGGUUUAUACUAUGUAUUAUGUAUAUGUAUAUAUAUCCUAACAUUGAAUGUAUUCAUUGAAUAUAAUGUUAGAUUUUUUGUCAUACUUAAAUAUUUAUUUAUUUUAGUUGGGAACACACAUCAGAGCCAAGAGGAAGCGUGAAGAACUUAGCAACAUUUUAUUGCAAAUGAGAAAAGCUCAAGCUACUCACACAAAAUAAUUUUGAAGCUAUUAUUUUAUCUUUAUUUAAAAUAUAAUAAAAUAUUGACUGCUGAGAUGUUUGUGUUUUUCUAUUGAAGAUACAAUUUAUUUAUUGUAUAGUCAA